AUGGCGAUCGCUCGAUACAUUGUUGCAGGCCUCGGCGCUGCGGCCAGCAUCUCUGCACUGCCUCAUGAUACAACAAGCACUUCAUCCACAGCCGCAGAUUUCGCAGUACCGACCAUUUACCAACCUUCGACGGCCUCUUCCGUUGCUUCAAGCGCCGCUGCUGCUGCGUCAGCCGCAAACGUCGCUCUCGCCAAAGAAGCACUCGGCGCAGUCACGAAUGUCGGCCGCUUCAAUGCUCUCCUCACUGUGGACGGUGAUGGCAAACAACUUCUCGACGAUGAAACCCUCCGUUCACGCCUCGUGUUCGACUAUGGCGCCCGUGCCACUCCACUCGGAAAGGGCGGCCGCUUCGUCCUCGCGAAUCAGAACAACUUUCCGAUAUUGGCAGAUCAAGGCAUUGCCUCUGCUGUCGGUUUCUUGAACCCUUGCUCGAUGAACUCUCCCCACACACAUCCCAGAGCUACGGAAUUCUUCACCGUCGUGCAGGGCAAAUUCCAGACGGGCUUCAUGCUUGAGAAUGGCUUCUUGGCCAAUGCUACCGAAGGACGACCAACGACACAGAUUACUGUGCAGGAGCUCGGUCCUUUCCAGGCCACAGUUUUCCCUUUGGGAUCGAUUCACUACCAGUUCAACCACCAAUGUGAACCUGCCACAUUCAUUGCGACAUUCAGCGAUAGUGAUCCUGGCACCUCUCAGGUCGCGCAGAACUACUUCUUUCUUGAUGAUGAGAUUGUGAAGACCACCUUGGGGGAAAUCAACCAGAUUGACGGGAGCAAUAUUGAAGAGUUUAGACUUUCAUUGCCUACAARCUUGGUUCAGGCUGUUGAUAGCUGCUUGGCAAAGUGUGGAAUCAGCGAGCAGAAGUAG